AUGAAGACCACUUCUCUUCUGGUCCUCGCCGCUGGCGUUGGCGAGACCUAUGCCACUUUUGGAAACUUCUUUGGCGGCUUCAAGGGCGCCAACCCCUUCAACUGCCCCGACAACACCGACAACAGCAGGUGCGAGGAGCGUCAGAGGGGCGGCUUCGACUUCACCGACCUCAUCCCCGGUUCCAAGAACCCCUUCUAUGGCGGCUUCAACUUCAACGGCUUCGAGUGCAAGAACGACCAGCGCAACCGCCGCGAGCUGAGCGGUGAGUGCGGUCCCGACAAGAACUCGAACCCCUUCUUCGGCCACCCCACCGAGAGCUUCUCCAUCGACGAGAUUGAGAUCAUUCCCGAGUUCACCGCCGACUUUGAGUUCGUCUACGACAUGCCCAACGGCUCGCAGUGCAAGCACCGCUCCACGUGCAACGCCGGCGGCUCCGUCGUCAAGAACACCCAGUGCGGUGGCGCCAAGAAGGUCACCGUUGUCUUCCCCAAGCAGAACAACAAGCCCAAGGCCAAGACCACCCCUCCCCAGACCACCGCUCCCGAGGUGCCUCAGACGACCGUCCCCGAGGUUCCCGAGACUACCGUUCCCGAGGUUCCUGAGACUACUGUGCCUGAGGUCCCUGAGACGACUGUCCCUGAGGUUCCUGAGACCACUGUUCCCGAGGUUCCUGGUACUACCGUCCCUGAGGUACCCGAGACCACCGCUCCCGAGGCUUCGGAGACCACCCCCGACGCUGUUGAGACCACCCCCGAGGUUCCGGAGACUAGCGCCGUGAGCUCCUCCUCGCCCGAGGAACCCGAGACCACGCCUUCCGUGCCCGAGGAGCCCGAGACCACCGCUCCUCCCACCGUGGACACCACCGUGACCACCCGCCUCACCACCUCGACCAUCUUCACCACCGUCGUCAACACCGUCACCGACUGCGGCCCCGCGGUCCCCAACUGCCCCGCUGACCAGGCCAGCACCGUCAUCGUCACCGCCACCAUCCCCUUGACCACCACCAUCUGCCCCGUCACCGAGACCAUCACCCGCACCCAGGGCCAGGAGCCUCCCUCCUCGUCCGUGGUCUCCAACAGCCCCAUCCAGUCCACCCCCGUCGAGCCCCUCCCUUGCCCCGAGGUUGUCCCCUCUUGCCUCAACACGUGGCUCUUCUCCGUCGGCUGCGCCGACAACACUGACACCGCCUGCUUCUGCCCCGAUGCCGCCUUUGUCAAGAACAUCUUCACCUGCAUCUACGCCUACGGCCAGACCGAGACCAUUGUCUCCGAGGCCAUUGUCUUCUUCCAGGGCAUCUGCGGUGGCCACGUCCCCGAGAACCCGGCCAUCGUCACCGGUGUCGACUCCAUCACCUCGGUCAUCACCGAGGCCCCCAAGCCCACCGUCCCCGCCGGCUACGCCACCGUCACCGUCACCGUCACCACCGUCGUUCCCUGCGUCACUGACGGCGUCACCAUCUCCGGCUCUAGCAUCACCACCGUCAUUGAGCAGACCGCCGAGAUCCCCAACGUCGGCUUCCAGACCAACUCCAACGGCAACGUCAAUGUCGUCCCCACCACCCCCGUCGCCGUCGUCAACCCCCGCCGCCACCGCCACCCCUAUCGGCACUUUCCUUUCCGUCCCCGUUGCCUCCAACACUGGCGGUGUCUCCCCACCUCUCCCGUCGUCGUUGCUGGCGCUAACAAGGUCGCUUCCGGCCUGGGCCUUGGCUUCGCCGCCGUCGCCGCUCUUGCUCUCUUCUAA